AUGACGCCAUUUGUAGACGUCUUUGUCGAUCUCUCGCGGCGCGGUCCGAUUGGGGUGCUGCGAGAUGACGAUGUCAGCGCCUCGCCUCUCGAGUUCCUCGAUCAGCCAGCCUGCAUCGAACGCUUUAUCCGCGAUGAAACCAUCGAAUUGGCCAAAGCCCAGGCUUUGGAGAUUGAGAAGCUGAAGCAUCAGCUGGCGGGGCACAAUCGGCACCGUUUUGGAUCAAAAUCUGAGUCAGCCGACCAACUCAACUUGCAGCUUCGACUGGAAGAGGAAGAGACCGCCGCAGCCAGUGUCGUUGCCAGCGAAGACACCAGUGCUCCAUCCGAGCCAAAGCAAAAACCGAAGCGCAAGCCAUUGCCGCCAGAACUGCCACGCAAUGAGCAAGUAUUGACCCCCGGCGAGACGUGCAAAUGCGGCGGAUCGUUGCGGGCCAUCGGUGAGGAUGUGACUGAAGAACUGGAGUAUGUUCCCGGUCGCUUUGUCGUGAACCGGAUUGUGCGCCCACGCAUGGCCUGCAAAUGCUGUGACAAGAUCGUUCAGGCGGCUCUGCCCUCACGCCCCAUUGAGCGCGGUCGCCCCGGUGCUGGCCUCUUGGCGCAUGUGCUGGUCUCGAAGUAUGCGGAUCAUUGCCCCUUAUAUCGCCAAAGCCAGAUCAUGGAACGCGACGGAAUUGAUCUCGACCGCUCCACUUUGGCCGGUUGGGUCGGGCAGUCCACAAAGCUUCUGGAACCGUUGGCUGAUGCCAUCGGUCGACACGUCCGUACCGGCGCAGUCAUCUUCGCAGAUGACACCCCGAUAAAAAUGCAGGCCAGAAAGAAAUGCGCAACGGCGCGCAUUUGGACCUAUGUCCGCGAUGAACGGCCCUGGGAUAGCCAGGCGCCACCGGCGGCGUGGUACAAGUUCAGCACAGAUCGGGAAGGCAGGCAUCCUACCGAACAUCUGGCCAACUACCAAGGCUGGGUCCACGCGGAUGGCUAUACCGGGUUCAACGAUAUCUUCGCCAAGGAAGCUGUUUAUGAGAUGGCCUGCAUGGCGCAUGUGCGCCGCAAGUUCGUCGACAUCUUCCAGUCGCAGGGAUCGCAGAUCGCCGAAGAGGCCAUCCGCCGGAUUGCACUUCUUUACGUGGUCGAAAAGGCCGCGCGUGGCAAAUCGCCGAAUGAACGAGUCGCGCUGCGCCAGCAGGACGCCAAACCCGUGUUCAACGAACUGGAAGCCUGGCUUGCCGCGCAACCGGACCGUAUCUCGGGCAAAUCUGAACUGGCCAAGGCGAUCCGGUAUGCCUUGGGUCGCAUGAAGAAGAUGCGCGGAUAUCUGGAAAACGGUUCCCUCGAACUCGACAAUAAUUGUGCGGAGCGCUCAAUCCGCUGCGUGGCUCUCGGGCGCAAAAAUUAUCUCUUCGUUGGCUCCGAAGGCGGCGGCAAAGCCGCGGCAAUUGCAUACACCCUCAUCGAAACGGCCAAGCUCAACGGCGUCGAUCCGCAAGCCUGGCUCACAUGGGUUCUUGCGCGCAUCGCUGAUCACAAGAUCACUCGACUGGACGAGCUACUGCCCUGGCGUUACGCUGCAUCCGCAGCGUAA